AUGCUGUCCGUGAUGUUCGAGCAAAAGGCUUUCUUGCGGUCUGACGUGAUUUAUUUUCUCAUGGCUGAUAAAUCACCUCAGUUGGGCUUCAAUUUUCUAUGUACCAUUGAAGACGAGUUCAGGAUACCGGCGCCCCACCUUGUCAGCUUGAUGCAUUCUAUUCGGGAUCUGAAAUUAGAUGAUGGUUUCGUUUCCAACCACCUCCAGAUGUCGUCCGUCGGUCUGGGGAAAGCUGGCAUGGUGAAGGUGUCGCUGAACAUCAUCAACCUGUUGCUGAUGAGGUCUGGAAGCGACAGUCGGUUCCAUGAGCGGCGCAAGAUGUACCGCGGCUUCGUAAGCGACCAGGGCUCGUGUGAAAGGGGCGUGCCUGACGUCGCCCUGGACGUCGUGGCUCGCUAUCGGGGUUCCUUUGAGGCGGCCUCUGCAGAUAGUUUUCUAUUUCCUAAUUUGCUUGGUAGCCCUGGAGCUCUGCACAUCUGCUACGACGCCCUGGAACUCGCGUGCAAGAAGAACAGCUUGCACGGCGAGUUCAUUGAGCAACUGAAGGCGCUGCUGGAUUUUACCACGAACCAGGAGCUCGUGAGGAAGUUCCAGGCCACGUGCUUCGAAGGCGCGCGUGAGGAGCGAGAGAGAUUCAAGAGGCAUUCAGCUUGUCACGUUGAUUGGAAGUGGGAGUUCCUCUCGCGAGCCCUCGAUACAAUGAUGCCACAGUUCCCCACAAUCAGGGCUCGGUUCGACGCCGAGAAAAUGCUGAGUUCGGAUAGCAACCGCAAGCUCACUAACGCCACGGUGAAACGCGUCGCGGAUAUCAUCAAUUCCGACUUUGAGGUUUCUGCAGAAAUGUACCGGGUACUGGGCAAGACGAUCGAGAAGACCACUGGGUCCUUGGAAGCUUGCGACUGCCAUCUCGAUAUGCACGUGCCAGGGCGGACGCGCAAGCGCCGCCACAGCAUGAUGCGGCAGCAAGGCCGGGAGCGUUGCUGCUGGCGAGGUCGACGCCUCGCCUGGUUCAUCGCCGCUGGCCGCGAGGAGCUCUGCAGCAAUGUCAUGACAUGUUCUAGCGAUGCGUUGCAAUUCUUCAUUUCAAGAUUGCCAAAUGAAAGUCGGCACAAAGUGGUGGCAGCUUUGGCGCAGUUGCGUUUGGACUUGGUUGAAAUAUUGCAAGCAAAGUUUGAUUAUCUCAAUCGCAUACCUCAUCUUGCUAUUGGGGCCUUCUACUCGGAGCAGGGCGGCGCAGCCGGCCAGGCCAGGCAGAUUCUCAAGCAAUGCGUCGACGAGUACGACCAUGCCAUCGCGAAUGGCAGGGGGCUUUUCCUACACCGAGUCUCCCGCCGUCUCCUUGCGCCCUCAGGCGGGGUCCGCCCCGAGAUCGACAGAUUUCUCGCGUCUGAGGGCGAGAGCUUGCACAGGUUUCCACAGCUAUACGUUGCUCUUUUGGAGUACGCGCUGAUCCCAAUGAUCGAGCGCAAGAUUGAGGAGGUACAUGCAAGGCAAUUGGUUUCGAGUGCCGUUACUGCCGUCCUGACGGCGCCCCAUGACGUGAAUUUCGAUUUGAGAACCAUGCGCAUGGUCAAGGUGGUUAAUACUUAUCCAGAGAGCAGGUGCUUGGCCAUUUGCGAGGAGUGCGGGGACGCACCCUUGAAAGUGUACUUCGGCCACACCGGCAUGAACAGAAAGGUUGGGCGGGGUGCCGACGCGCUGGCCACGAGUGCCGACUCCAACUGUAGCAGCCCUAGCAUGAUGGAGGGCAUGCUUGGCGCCGCCCCUUCUGUGGUCGGCCCCCCAGGGAACGCGAGCGACAUCCUUGCUAUGCCAUGCGCCCGUCAGGGUGCGAGUGCGAGGAGCGUCGUUGCAACCUUCCUCUGCUCCCAGUGCGGCAAGACGUUGCCCAUCUCGAUGGGCUUUGCCAAGGGUGCGCAGAUGUGGUGCUUCAAGGACAACGCCUCCUACAACGCUCUGCAGGUGCGCUGGACGAAGGUCGCCGCAUUGAAACAGUGGUGGAAGAGCUUAUCCCCCGAGCAGAAGAGAGCUUGGUUCAACAAGUGGCAGGUCAUGUCUGGGAAACGCAACUUCGACGAGAUCCUCUACAGCGAAUCGCAGACCACUGGGGCCGACGACAUGCUCGACGUCAUCGACAGGUGGCUGCCUUGGAGCGCUUAUCUUCGAGAGGGGCUCAUGCGCCCAGGCGCCACCGAGAUGCAGUUGCAGUUGGAGUUCCAGGAGGCAGUCAACAACCGGCGCCACCAGUGCAAGUUCGUACUAGGAGAGUGGUGCGUUCCAGUGUUCGCUGGCCUGGAGCGUCGCCAGCGUGCCCGCACGUCGGUGGAAGCGACCACCAGUCGCCAGGCAACAGGGAUAGACGACGUGCAUCGCCUGCAGCAGUUGCAGGCCAGCGGGCAGCAGGCAAUCGAACGCUUCCAGUCGCAGGCCACGGAUACGCUGACUCUGAGUGCCCCGGUGCAGGCUCGCCCUGAAGACCAGCCAGUGCUUCCCAGUGUCCGCAACACGAUGUUCGAGGAUAUCUCCCGCGAGGCGGGCAACAUCAGCCGGGACGUCGCCACGCGCAGGGCGAUGGAGGCUGCGGAGGCCCUCGAGGCCAGCGGCGUCGCGAGGGCAGGCGCCGGGAAGGGCAGCGAGGGCAAGGGCGGCGGACGGGCGGCGCCUCUUGGCUUAGAGAAGACGAAGCUGGAGAAUGCCGUCCGCAUGACGAGAGCCAAGCUUUCAGAGGUCGUCAAAACCGUGAGUGACCAAGCAGAUGAGGUCAUCGGCAGGGUCGACAAGCUGUUCCCUGCUGACGGGAGUGGCAAUCGGGACGGCUCCGUCGGCGAGACCGUCCAGGACGUCCGCGCCGCCAAGGAGACAGCGCUAGCCCUCUUCAAUGAGGGUGGCGAGUGCAAGAGGAUUGUCGACGAGUUCGCCGGCUCUGCCGAGGGAGUGCAUAGCGUGCUGGAGAUCAGGGCCGUGCUGGCCCGGGCGGCGGCCGUGCACAAGGCGAUCAAGACUGAGAAUGGCGUGAAGGCCUUUUUCGCGCUGGUCGGCAGGACGAAGAAGUGGCUCGCCGUCCAGGAGAGGGAGAAGGGCAGGCAGGCGCGGGCUGCGGGUGAGGCGUCGGAAGUGUCCUCAGAGCCGAAGGCACCGCUGACGGGGAUCCUCGAGAACUUCGCGAACAUGUUCCCAGACGCAUGCUCCAACAGCAUCUACGAGGCCAAGGCCGGGGUGAAGAUGGCGAGCGUGGCGGUCGCCAGCGGGAAGGACCCCCACGAGGCUCUCAGGACGAACGCCAUGAUCAAGCGACACAUUAAAGACUGCGAGUCGCACAUGAAGCAGACAGGCCAAAAGUGGGCCGCUAAGACGAUGGAGGACACUGGGGCCCCUGGCAAGCGCGUCAGAAAGAUCAUGAAAGAGGGUUGGGACAGCAUGCUGCUGACCACCAUGGUCCUCCCUCAGCUCGACUGGGCCAAAAAACUAUACGCACCGCAGACGCUGAAAUACAAGGCUGGCUUCUCCAACGUCCUCUCGACAUUCAAUUGCUGCUCCGAGGUUUCCGCCGUGCUGUCCGGCAGGAUGGUGGUCGUGAGCAUGCCCAUCAGCGGCAUCCCUGGCUCGACGCUGAAGGAUAAGCGGCACCUCUUGCACAUGAGCCCGUUCGAUUCUUUGAAGCAGGUAUACGAAUCCACGGGUGGAUGCUGCAAGGUCGCGUCCAAAGAUGACACGCUCUUGAUCCCGUCUGGCCACUUAGUCCUCAAGGCGGCGCUGGAGGAGUCCGUGGCUUACAGUUGGGCCGUCGCGGGCGACGAGGCCGACCACCAGCGCGUCAAGAGUGCACUCGAGGCCUUGAUGGUCAGCUAUCCUGAUAUGCGCGCGCCGGCCCAUGGGCUUUCCCAGUUUCUCGAGUUUCUCUCGGACCAGGCUUAG